AUGUUCUGCGUGGUUGACGCAUUGACCUAUGAGCUAGCUGGUCUCAAUCUAUGUGCGGCUGAGGCUAUGGUAGCAGCUGGCAAGCCUACAGCUGUUCUAGGAAGGCGUAGUGCGGUAAAGCAGGUGUCUCCCAAUGUAGGCAUCUUGUGGAACUCCGAAAAUUUUGGGGGUUACGUCAUUGACGCAGAGAAACGACGAAUCCGAAAGUUCUGCGGUAUUUCUUCAAAGGCAGAAAGAAUAGGAGGUUGCUGUGGUAGAAGUCGUGGAAAAGAGCAUGAACAGGAACGUCGAGAAGGUGUGGUGGGUGAUCGACAAGAGGUUGAAAUGGAUGGAGGUGGACAGGAGGAUAGAAGAAGCGAUAUUAUAGCCGGCACUUCUUCUUCUAGAAGUGCACCUGCUUCUAGGUGUACUAAAAUAAGGACAAUUUUUCUAGAGACAGUUGGUAGCUCCUCUUGUUGUGAGCCUUUCUGCUAUUGUGGUAGGAACACGCGUUACGACGAAAGAUAUGUGGAUUCGCUACGAUUAAGGGGCUCCACAUUGCAUCCUGCACUACCCUUCUUGACUUGUUUCCCAAUAGGAAAGGGGUCAAGGAUGUUCUGAAGAAUGCAAUAGCGCGACCACUAAUACGAGCGCAACUGAAAGAACUGGCUGAGGAACUUAUUGCGGGACCUGCAGAAGAGAUCGCGGAUGGAGAUGAUGAUGCACAGCGUGAUGAUGUUCAAGUUCAACCUGAUGAACUUCAACAUGGAAAAGAACUUCAGCAAAACUGUACAGGUCAGAAAAGUUGUACUACACCAGAAGCUACGGAAGUUACAAAUAUUCAUGAUCACCAAGGACAACAUCAUAGUACUUGUACUAGUACGAGCAGUCAUCAAAGAGAACAAACAAGCCACCAGAAGACAACGAGUUUGGCGGGUUUGCUUCAUUUAUCACCAUUUGUAGUUGAUGUUGAGCGAGAGCAGGGACUUGCAUUCGACGCAGACGGGUCCUCUACAAAGAUUGCCUCUGUACUCGAGGAGCUCCUGGUCGCAUCGGAGUGCAUGGAGAAAAUCGAUACUUGCCGAAUCGCGAUGCUACUUUAAGCUUUAAAGAAUUCCUGCCAGAAACAUACUUAGAAGUACUAUAGGCUUUAAAGCAUUUACAUCAACAAAGGAAAGUAGUACGCCCUAUUUGACAUCACUGCUCGAGAAGAAACGUGUAGUCUUUCAAAAAAGCAAAUAUGAAUGAGAAUUGGUUCAACCUUUAAUUGUCUUUUUGUGGGAGUGGUCUGCUUGGAGGUGGUCUCAUUGCGAUAGACCACUUCUUCAUGGUGGAGGACAUGAACGUGCCCAAAAGCGUUUUUUUUGCGACGUGUAUUCCAGGACUCAUCGCCACAACCAAAUUGCUGUGUUAUGAAGAGCUUCUUUUUGUUUUUUGUCUUGAUAGUUAGUUUCCAGUUGCAUGUGAAAAAACUAUAACUAAGCAAUCUACAACAUACCGAUACCAGGGUGAACGCUAGAUUGAAUUUACUUUUUACGAAGUUGGUAGGUUCGCGAACCUCUAAACUACCCUUUGCGAGCCGCAGAAGAUGCUGUCCCGGUCAUACCGACGCUGUCGCACGCUUUGGUGUCGCGCACGAGGCCACCAUCACCAUCAUCACGAGAAAGGGAGGCAUGCCGGGGGAAACAAUACGGGGAGCAACAAUGAAGAAGCUCUAUCGGUGCAAAAACGCUUGCUCCAUAAGAUUUUCUGCCCUGAUGAGUAA